AUGGGUAUCGAUAACGAUAGUCAAGAGUUUCUGGUAAUCGGAGAUUUAGAUUUACUGAUUCAUCAGGUUCAAGAGGAAUGGUCCAUGAAGAAUUCAAAAAUUGCAGCAUACGUGAAGUUAGUGCAAAGGUUGUGUAAAAAGUUCCGCAAGAUAGAGUUUAGGCAUACCCCUAGUUUGCAGAAUGAAUUUGCUGAUGCUCUUGCUACUAUCUCCUCAAUGAUCAAACAUCCGGAUACAAGUUACAUUAACCUUAUGGUGAUAUAUUUGAAAGAACAACCUGCUCACUGUUCGCAUGUCGAAGUAGAACCAUAUGGGAGGCCUUGGUAUUUUGACAUAAGUGGAAAUACCUUCAUUAAGAAUCAUUCAAGAAGCUGA